GCUCCAUAGUCUUUACCUCAAGCAGCUUGUCAAAAUGAUACAAAGACUGACAAUUAAGCGUCUGCUGAUUUUCACUGCAAAAUGGCGAUGCUGGCCGAGCCACGACGAAAACAAAAGUUUUCGGUGGAUCCCCGUAACAUUUCUUGGAGCAAUGAUGACGGAAAAAUUGGCCAAAAAUUGAUGGAAAAAAUGGGUUGGUCCAAAGGGAAAGGCUUAGGGGCCAAUGAAGAUGGUAAAACAGAGCAUGUUGCUGUUAAUGUAAAGAAUGACACCAGAGGUGUUGGAUGCUCCAAGAAUCAUGCUGACAACUGGAUCGCUCACCAGGAUGAUUUUAACAGUCUUCUGGCAUCUCUAAACCAGGAGAACAACUCAACCCCAAAUAGUGAUGUUGAAAAGGUGAUCAGUUUGGAACACAAGUCAAAAACAGCUAAAGGGAGACUGCAUUAUCAGAAGUUUACAAAAGGCAAAGAUCUUUCCUUGAAGUCUGGUCAGGACCUUGAUUGUGUAUUUGGCAAGAGGAAAUCACAUUCAGGAAGCAAUACUCCUCUACCAGGCUCAGAGUCGGGAUCUGAGGAUGAUGAUAAAUUGCACGGAAUUCAAACCGUUACCAGCACUGAUAGCAUACAAGACUACUUCAAGAAGAAGAUGGCAGAUAGAAAGAACCGCCUCGAGAAUGAAAGUAAAUCAGCUGUACCUGGUAAUCAGAAUAACAUAUCUGAUAAUGACUUUGAGGAAAAUGCACAUGGUUUAGUUUGCAUCAAACAGGAACAGGAAACAGUUGAUAUUUUCAAAACAAAAAUGUCUAAGAAAAAGAAGUCUAAGAAGUCAAAAGAUUGUUUGAUGAAUUCUAAUCUAAAUGAGGCAGUCAUUGAAACAAUAGUCGAUGGUGAAUCAGAACCUUCUACUGAACCAGUUAAAAAACCCAAAAAGAAAACAAAGCGUAAAAAAGAAGAAAUAAAGAACGAGAUAACAGACAUAUCUUGUGACAAUGUUAAAGAGGAAUUUGAUGCUAGUGCUGAAGGAAAAGUUAAAAAGAAAUCAAAGAAACGAAAAAAGGAGAAGUGUAAAAAAAGUGAUGGCAGUGAUGUAAAGUUUGUCAUUGGAUGUGAGGUGGAUGAUGAUGGUGAUCAACCAAUUAAAAAGAAGCAUACAAUGGAAACAAAUGGUGAAUCAUCGCUUCUUGUUCAAACUGAUGAGGACCGCCAGGAAAAUAAUAAAGAAGCAUCUGAGAUUUUCAAUAUUGAGAGCGGAGAAGAUUUGAGUUCUGGAAAAUGUGAUACAAAUACUCAAAAAUCAUAUGUGAAUACUCCAGCAUCUGAUGGAAAAAAUAGUACAAAAAACAGGCGUAAGCCAAAAAGGCAGAGAUUUAAGAGACCUUUGUCAGGCAAAAAGUGUAAUAUUGGAUUCCCGGGAGCAAAUCUAGACAGUAUUCAUGGUUAUGUUGGCUUUUUAUGCCCCCUACCGGGAUCAAUGUCAUCCUUCAAGGUCAAAGGUUAAAAAAAAAAUUCUCAGGGAAGUAACAAGCAUUAAAGGGAGAUAAUUUAUAUUUAUCAUUUGGCAGAAACAGAUAAUUUUUACAAGGGAAGUAAUAUUUUUUAUUAUAUCCCUUUAAAAAAUAUUACUUCCCUUGUAAAAAGUAUCUGUACCUGCCAAAUGAUAAAAAAAAUCAAAGCGGGACAUUGUGUUUCUGACAAACACAUUUUUUCUUAUAAGUUGUGAAGCUAAUUAAAGGGACCUUUUCACAUUUGGUAAAUUGACAAAAUAAAACAAAAAUGUUGCAGAUUUGCAAAUUUUCGUUGUAGUUGUGAUAUUUGUGAGGAAACAGUAAUACUGAACAUUUACCAUGUUAAAAAUAUCCAUAAUAUGUAUCUUUUGACGAUUUAAAAACCUAAAAAUUAGAAAGCGCUGCAACGCAAAACGAUUGAAUAAUUUGGAGAGUUCUGUUGUCGUUACAUUUUAUGACACUACGAGGAUUGCUUAUAUAAAGUAUAAAAUACAUCACUCAUUGUAUGAGCACGGAUGGCAGAGUUGUGUAAGCAUUAGACUUUUACUCCAGGGGUCAGUGGUUUCGAGCCCAGUGGAGGGUUACUUUUUGUUUUUCUUUAAUUUUAUUAUUGUUUUUACUGGAGAUAUUUAGAUAGAAUGUUAACAUAUAUCAAUAUAAAGCAUGACAAACUUCAAUUUAUGCCAAACUCUGUGAAAAGAUCCCUUUAAAGAAUUAAUGUUUAAGAUUUAACAUAGGUAAUACAAAUAAAAUAUUGACGAUGGAAUCUAAUGAAUUAUUUUGUUAUUUCUAAUGUAUUGGUUGGCAUUGAUUUUUAAGAUAUUUCUAACAAAUUUUGAUUUUAUCAAACCCGUCUAAUGUACAAUUUCCCCUUUUCCCUUUAUUAUUCUAUUUACAUCAUUCUGUGGUGUAUCUCUUACUGGCUUUUUGACAUGUGAAGUUCCGCUGUGCAAAGCCAGUUGUUUACCCAUGAAAACACAUACCAAUUAGGCUUGCUCUUAAUAUCUCUUAAUUUCUAAAUCUACAGACCGACAAUUUAGAUGUAGAUGCUCAUUUUAUUAUGUAUAGACGUAUAGUAUUAGAAAUUUCAUGUACUUGUAAUUUUCAUUGUAUUUGCUCUUUUACAGCUUAUUGUUUGUUUUUAUGCCCCCGAAAGAGGGCACAUAGUGAUCGCACUGUCCGUCUGUUUGUCUGUCACUCUUUGCGUUUAGGUUUCGAAAAAUUCUCAUAACUUCUAUGUCCCUUCAGAAGUUCAGAUGUAACAUUCAUGUUUGGUAUGCAUGUGUAUAUGGACAAGGCCUUUUCAUACGCACACAAAUUCUGACCCCUUUGACCUUGAACUUAGGGUCCACAUUUAGGUUUAAAAAAAUGGCUUGAGGUUUCGAAAAAUGCUAAUAAUUUCUUUCAAAGCGUUUAUGGGGGGGGGGGGGGGCAUAUGUCAUCCUAUGGAGACAGCUCUUGUUGCCUCUAGGACUUCUUAGCACAAGAAACCUCAACAAAUAUGUCCCUUGUUGAUCAUGUUACAGUAUUUUUGUUAGAUGUAUUCUAUGCAAAGCUAUGGUAUAUAUAGUAAUGAUGACUUGUACAUGUUUUAAUUUAAUAGAAACUUUGCAGUGAGAUAGUUGUUAUUUUCAUCUAUGUAAAUCUGAAUAUUAAAGGUUGCUUAUUUUCUUAGUUUUGAAUUGAAGAAAAACUGCUGAGUAACAUAUGAAUACUGGUCUUAACCCUUUGCAUGCUGGGAAAUUUGUCGUCUGCUAAAAUGUUGUCUGCUAAAUUUCUAAAAUUAGCAUUUUCUUCGAUUUUUUUCAAAAAAUACUAUCAGAAUAGCAAACGGUUUGGAUCCUGAUGAGAAGCCACGUUCUGUGGCGUCUCAUCUGGAUCCAAACUGUUUGCACAGGACUUCAAAAUUCGGUUCCCGCAAUGAAAGAGUUAAUACCUGUCGUCACAAUUCAUGUAGCAUGUUCUUGUCAAAAUACCUAUACAAUGUAUUUAAAUUAAUAUACUUGUUGCAUAUUAAUAUAUUAUUGUUGCAUUAUAUUUAUUACACUUGUUCUCAUGCACCGAAAUUGAUGCAUUUGAAAGUUUUGGAAUUGCAGUUGCAAAUGUAUAUUUCUCAUGAGCAAACCUGUCCAAAUUGUAUUGUAGAAAGUUGCCAACAUAUCGUCGCUGUCGUUCUUAAACCUUGUAGCUCCAAAAAUUAAAAAAAAAUCAUCUUUUUCGAAUAUAUGAAGUCUGGCGCAUGUUUUGGGCAAUAUCUCGUAGCUCUACCCCAAUCAGAGCCCUUGAAAAAGCCACAUGACAAAAUGUUGAAGCUUGAUUGUUGGCUUUUUUGUCAGGAGAAAAGUCGUUGCAAUUAUUGGUACAUCAUUUUAUCUAUAGGAUAGGUACGUCAUUUUGUUUGGACAAAUUUUACAAAAACGUUUUUAUAUUUGCAGCUACGAGGUCUCCUAUCAGGAUGAAUUGUUGUACCUCAUAAAAAUGACAAAACUGUGGUGACGAAAUAUUGAAGCUACCAUUUCUGAAUAUCAGUAUGACUUAACAGUAUGACUUACGCGUCUACGGCUUAUACUGUAUUUUGCAGCUUCAUUUGUUUGGUAUUUUUACAGAAUUUCACUUUGUUAAACAUCGUUAUAAAACAAUGCGACGUUUUUUUUCUCCUGACAAGUUGGCAUUUUGAAGGUGUGAGGUUUGAGAACGACAGCGACGAUAUGUGAAGAUCAUUGUAAGCUAUACUGACAAUGUAAUGUAGCUUUCGUUCAAUCAAGCUGUAUUAUAACCUGUGAAGUAUAUAUGUCAAUAGAAUCGCAAUGACCUUGUACUUAGGAAGAUGGCAACUUCAUAGGGUAAAAUUAGUGCAAAACUCAACUCUCACAUGAACAUCAAGCACUUGAGUACAAACUCCAUCAAUGUAUUGACUAUGUGUUGCAAUCUCCACUAGAAAGGUAAGAUCUCUGAUCAUGAUAAACACGUAGCUCAGUUGGUAGAGCUCUGAACUUCCAACCAGAAGAUCGAGGGUUGGAUUCCCCUGCCCAGCCACACCACCACUGUAGACAUUGGUCAUGAACCUGCCCAGCCACACAACCACUGUAGACAUUGGUCAUGAGCCUGCCCAGCCACACCACCAGUGUAGACAUUGGUCAUGAUAGGCUUUCUACUUCCACUCCCCUCUUCUUGAUAAAACAAGUUUGGCAGUUGUCAGUCACUGGCAAUAGAUUUUGCACUAGGCAAAUCAGCAAACCCAGUAAGUGCAAGUAGGUUAUCAAACGACUUAUAUGACAAAAACUGUAAUAAAUUUGCUAAAAACC